AAAAAAUGUCCCGGAAGAGCUUCCGCCCUUAGUAAAGAUGGCGAUAACACGUGCUAUAAGGAGGCGGGGCUGCGUCUGCGCAACAAGCUAGGCCGGGAAGAUGGCGGAUGACAAGGAUUCUCUUCCCAAGCUUAAGGACCUGACAUUCCUCAAGAACCAACUGGAAAGCCUACAACGCCGGGUGGAAAGUGAGGUCGGCAGUGGCGUGAGCCAGGAUGGCUCCCUCUUGUCCUCCCCAUUCCUCAAGGGAUUCCUGGCUGGCUAUGUGGUGGCCAAACUGAGGGCAUCUGCAGUAUUGGGCUUUGCUGUGGGCACCUGCACUGGCAUCUACGCAGCUCAGGCAUAUGCUGUGCCCAACGUGGAGAAGACACUGAGGGACUAUUUUCGGUCACUGCGCAAGGGGCCAGACUAGGUUGGGAUUCCAUGGGGGAGGCGGCAGCCUUUCCAUUACAGACACUUGGUUUAGCUUC